UUAAUUACGAACAAUUGUGCAAUUGGGGAAACAAAGAACACACAAAGUUUUCCUUGAAAACCACACAACAACAACUAGAAGCGUAGCAACAACAACAACAGCUGCAAAAUGGCUGUGGCCUUCUACAUACCGGAUCAGAAGGAAAUGCUGCGCAAGGCGCGCGAACAGGAGAAACAGCUGUUGCGUCUACGUCAAUGGCAAAUGGCAACAGUUGUAUUGAACACGAUACGCCAGCUAAUGGACUCCACGGCCAGUGAGUGUGUGCAGCGAGCGGGACGCAAGUGUGGCAAGUGGCGCAAACCAUCGCAAUGAAAAGCGCAGAGCUGAGUAAACAACAACAACAAGAACAACAACAGUUACUACUACUUCUACUACAACAACAACAAGUCUGUCAAGAGCCAAAUCCGUGGACUAUAUUAGUCUUAACUGAUGGGCUUAAACGCCGACGGCAUCAACAACAACACCAACAGCAGCAGCAGCAGCAACAACAACAACAUUUUGAUCCCCCCGAAAUUCUUCCUGCUUCUAAGUUUACUCAUCAAAGCGAUUGUGAUAAUGGUUUUGUUUCUACACACCAACAACAACAACAACAAAAACUAUAUAUAUUUAAAUAUAUGUAUGUCAAGCGAAACAAGUUUUCGAGUUAGCAAUAUUUGAUUUAAUUGUAACAACAACAAAAAUAUAUGUCUUUUAGUUUGUAAGCGUCCUGCUAAACGAUUUUGUAAAAACUGACGAAGCGGAAGUUU